AUGAGGCCAUCUGAGAGGCCCGCAUCAGUUUCUCCGGAGACAGCGCCACUCUCUAUCGAUAUAGUAAGGAGCAGUCUGCGCAGGUAUUCGAGAGCGAGCAUCUGGGGGGAGGACAGUCCUCUAUAUGCACCUGCGCUACCAGAACCUGCGUGGGUCGGACUCCCCUCGGCCGUAGAGCCCCAAUUCUAUGAAUGGAUCAUAUACCGACCCUGGGCAGCAGAUGAGUACAACCUCUUACCUCUUAUUGUCAGCAGAGUUAGAACCCUUGUACACUGGUACUUUUGUCCAGAGGGAAGAGUAGAUGAAGGCAAAAGGCGAAGACGACGAACCCAGCAGAAGAAGAAGAAGAAGAAGCGUCCUAAGAAGCGUAAGUAA